AUGCCCACGCCGAGUUCUAUAAAGGUGGAAACAGAGUUCCCGGAGCACCGCAGCUCGAGUCACAGCCCACAACGGGAAACGCACUCUCACUCUUCGGAACAGCAGAGUCAGACUUCGUCCCGGAGGAGUUCUAUGACCCCCAAGGUGGUUCUAGCGACCCCGCUCAAAUACAUCCGCCAGGCGAGUCCACUCAAACAAUCGAGGACCACAACGAAAACUGAAGCCCCUCAGUCUACUCCGGUAGGUCGGGAUCGACGGAUGGCAGACCACACUAGCCAGAUCAAGAGAAACUAUACGUUGGAAGCACUCGAACUUGUGACGGGGAUCUUGCAGGAGAUAAAGCUCGCACCACCGAGUUCGCUAUGGCCGCCUCAGGUAAUAAAGCCCUUGAGAUGGAGAACGUCCUCGAAUAAGUCGCCCUCGCAUCAAAAGAAAAAGGAACCACGAACCAUGCAGGGAAUUAUAUCGGAGAUCAACGACAAUCACAAAGGCAGUGGUGAAUUGCUCUCUGGGCUUCAAUCAUAUACCUCUAGCCAGAUAAAUUUGCGUAUGGGCAACGUGCCUAUGAACACCCCAGAUGAGACGGCCACAUACAAAAUUAAAAGGAGCCCUAGUGCAGAAACCGAGGAAUACUUCAGGGUCGAUAUCAGUAUUAGAGGAGGUACGAGCUAUCUCCCAAGUGAAGCUCGUCGAAUACACACGCCGCCACUUCCAGAGGCAGGAUUGGAUGGCCGACUGAAGGGGUUUUUCUUCGACUACAAUGCGCCGGGGCGGUCUGUGUGUCUACGAGGGACAGAAACCCCCGAAGGUGCAGUUGACAGCGGAAGCACCAAUCAGGACAGCAGUGGAUUCUCGGGUCACAGUCGAGCCACGCCGGCCGGUAAGAAGCCAGGGAGGAUCAAGAGCAAGAACAAGCGGAUCCUGGCCGGGGAUUGGUACGACGUGAAGCUGGCAGAAGUUGACAUGAACAUCCAGGCGGACAAAGGCGAGAUGAACCACGCUAAACAAGGCGAAAAGAGAGUCAACUCGCCUCAGUGCCUUUACAAGAUCCGCAAGAACCAGCGCGAUGCCGCCGAGUUCGACCUGACCAUCCCCGAGCAUCUGCCCAACAGUCCACUGUGUCCGCGGCACACCAAGUAUUGGCGCGUGGUCAGGGAGCGUGGCAGCCAAUUCAGGGGCUGUUGGAUGCACGGUCUGGGUAUUUUUCAAGCAGAGCCUUCACAAAGCAAUUAG